UUUUGCGCCAAAUUUAGAAUUUUAGUGUUAAAAUAAAAUGGUGUUGUGUGGAGAUGGAUUCUUUCCUGAUGAAAGCGUACGACAGAUGCAAUAUUGGAGGAACAGAAGAGGAAAAGCUAUGGUUGUCAUCAUUUUCCAGUCAUAUCAAGAAGAACAUCUUGAAAGAAAAUAGUUAUCAGAACUGUACAGAUCUUGCUCUUUUGAUCCUCGAAUGUAUUACAUCCUUGAUACGAGAAAAGACGCGAGAUGAUGGUGAUGAUGAUAAUAAUGAUGAUGAUGAUAGUGGUCAAGCUAUACCAGCUUGGAGUCAGUAUCAUUUCAUGUCYAUUGAAUCUUUAGCCAAUGAGAAAGAAAUGUGUGCUGGUCAGUUAAAUGGAGAUAUGUUGAAUGGCAMUCAGUCUACAGCAAAUCUUGAUCAAAAGAGUUCACCACCAACUGUACCAAGUUUUCUUAUUGGAUAUUURAAAUGGUUGCCAUCUUCUUCAAAGACCACUCCAACAUGUGGUDCAUUGUUUCUGGAAGAUAAUUCAUCUUAUCUACCUAUCGAAAUUGUUACUGCUGAUAUCAAGUGGUUAAACCAAUUGGUUGUAUUACCAACCUGGACUUUCAUUCCUGUGCUCAGCAGCUCUAAACAUGGGCCAGCAAGUUCUUCUUGUCAAUCACUUCCAUCCAGUGGAUACAUUGAGGCCACUUCAGGAUGUUUUCCAGUGUUCAAAAUUCACAAGGAGAGACUUGAACCAAUGCCUGUUUAUACAUCAGUGUCUGAUUACCAAGAAUGUGAGAGAAUCAAUAAAAAAGCAAGUCUAAACCUACAUGGCAAACUGACAGCAAUAAGUCCAGUACACAGCAUUGCCAAGAGCAAUCCAUUCUUCUUCAUUCAGUUGACUUGCUCAGAAAGGCAAAUAAGCACAUCAGUUGUUGUGCAGGGAUCCCAGUUUAUGAAUUGGGUUAAUUUUCUACAUCUGGAGAAGGAGUACAUUCUUACUGAUGUGUGUGAAACAACGAUGAAUAAGGGAACGAAAAACGAGCGCAAGAUCCUUGCCUGUACCAAGUCAUCUCGUUUCUUGGAUUACCGGCCAGAGUAUCAUUCUACUGCACAGAAAAAGAGAAAACUAGGGGAAGAAAUUCUACAGAGCAAAGUUGCAAGUAGCUCGGCAAAGCGAUUUAAAAGAGAGAAUGAGCAUGUGCUAACUGAUGAUACCUCUGACCAAGAAAAGAGUGCAUCAAGGCUCAUGAAAACAGAACUGUACGAGCCUUUGACAAUUUCCUACAAAGGCAUCAUCACCAAGUCUUACCCACAGCUUGAAAUGGGGACGUACGAACUCGACAACAAAGUAAGAUUGUACACAGUCCAUCAGCCCUGUCCGCACCAUGGUCGUGGAUUACGGGAUGGUGCUGAGGUAGCUAUAAACAAUGUGCAUCUGGUAAAGAAAGCUAAGUCUGUAGUUGGUUUGUGUUGUUGCACAUUCAGUACUCUUCGUAUUUCACGGUUUUCUCUCUUGGCAUCUGAAUGGAAGCCAUCAGUUUUUCCAGUCAGUACUCUCAUAUUACAUGGUCAAAAUCUAUCUUUACCAGACUACAUAGACUUGAUACAGUCUAGUGAGAAACUCUCCCACAUGUUUUCGUCAAUAUUCAGACCAAGCAGCUUAACUGGAUAUUCAUCAAGUCAGCAGCGAAUGAGUUCAAAAUCAGAAGUACAUCGGAAAGUACCGAAGAAAGAGUCGGUCAUUACAAAACUCCUCAACGCCGCCAAAGCUUCGACGUCCUUUUGCGACAAACCAAGAAAUAUUUACGGAGAAUUUUUUGAUCACCCGCACUCUUGUAAUCCAACGAGACACGGUUCUAUAAACUUACCAUCCAUAUACACUAUUAUGGAGGUUCGCGAUAUGGUGAUGGAGAAGAGUAAGGGUGUUGCAUGGCGUUCUGGUACUAGCGAUGCUAGUGGUGGAUCCAAUGAAUGGCUAUACCAGAUCAUACCCAGCAAGGAUUUGUUAAACGAAUCAUUUGUCAUAGGAUGUCUAAGAGCCUCACCAACGACUGGCUACCUUAAGCUAUACGACCGAACUGGUAACAUUCCUCUCCUCAUUGCAAAACCGUACAGAAAUGGGGACUCGGUGAACGAAGAUAAAAGUUUGAUGGAUUACAGAGGUUGCAUCGUCAAAUUAAAAAGAUUUACAGCCGUAAUCGAACAAUUUCGGAAUUCAGCGUAUAAUAACUUGUCGGGUAGCAAAAAGACUAGAAUAUAUUUUCAAGCAAAGAUUGAUGAUUUGGAAAUUCUUUUGAAAGAAAAGCCAAACUUAAGCAGAGCAACAGGGCAUUCAGUCGUUGAAGCUGAAGGCAAAAAUAAAAGUCCAGUGGAAGCAAGUCAGUAUAACACGUCGACUAACUGUCAAUUCAAAGAAAACAAUAUCAAGAAAUCAUUGAUUGCAAUGGAUAAUAAUAAUGAGCCAAUGGAAGACAACGCUUCGACAUCACAUGUUUCCUUGAUCAAAAUACCUGACAAUACGCAGGUGUUCAUGUGCAAAGCGCUCUUUCUUGUUCGUCAUCGAGAAAACCUUAUGCUGAAAAAGAAACAAAGGGUCUUUUACGCAUGUGCAGUGGACAUCAAAGUGCUAGCAAUCUCGAGCUGUGAGCAAGUAGAACAACACCUUGGCCAUGAGCAAGGUCUUGGUUCUAAUUCUAAUUCUAAUGACUUAUCAGAGUUCACUGUCAAAUGUAAAAGCAUUGCCUUGCGGCUGCAACAUCACAGUGUCUCUUGGUAUCCCUUUCUUCUUGACGGAUGUUUUUACAUCCUGGAAGAAAGUUCUUCAAGUAAAAAAUCUUCAUCCAUAACAAAAGCUAUGAACUAUACAAGUAAAGCCCUUCUUGAUGUCACGUCAUCCAUGGAUGUAAAGCAGGUUUGUCGUGCUCAAAACAUUGGGGAAGAAGAAAAGGGAAAUGUUGGCAAGGCAAUGGAAGAAGCAAAGGAAAGAUUCAUGUGUGAUGAGGAUGACAAGAUACAGACUAUCCAAGCUAUAUUGACUUUAAAUAAAAGCGAAGAAUCAGAUUAUACGAUCAAAGCUCGGGAGGAGUCUAGUACUAAGCAGGUCAACUUCAGAGGGCGGAUUCUAAGCCGUGAACUGCGCAUGUCAGACAUUACUUGUCAGAUGUUACGUGGUAACAAUGUGCUAGUGCCUCGCUUUGGUCCAUUACACGAAGCAACAGUUCAGCAAUUGGAAGUAGGUUUUGGUUACCUUGGCAACAAGAAUGUGUUCCUACGCUUACAGGAUUUAGAGUCACCCAAUACUAUUGACGUAUAUAUGGAUUUAAGUCGAGCUUCGUAUAUUGAUGGACUCAUUCCAGGAGCUGUGAUAACCUGUCGUCGCUUCCUAAGCAAACUUUCUCGUGGAGGAAACAUUUAUUGUUCAUUCGAUGCGUGUUCUUCGUUAACAAUUGACGAACCAGCCACUGAGCAUCUUGCGCCUUCAGUACAUAGGGCCAGCAGAAGCAAUUCAAGAGCAUGCUCAUCCGAGAGUUUAAUAAAGCAACCUCAACUGAGCAGCGUUCCUCAGCGACUUUUGAUUGACUUUGUCAAAUGCGAGACAUCAGGCAGUCGUAUACACACCAUAUCUCAGGUACGCUGUAGAGUUACUGCUGUACAGAAAGUAUCGCUGCGAUGGCAGUGUGCCAGGUGUGGUCACGUGAUCAUCAGAGAGGAAUGUUCACAAGGGUGUGCUAACACAGGGGGAUUCACGUUCUCUGCCGAAGCAAGAUGCCUUGUGGAAGACGGCACCGCAGAAGCCAUGUUGUACCUAUCACAAGACACAAUACCGUUUUUAUUGAAACUAUCCCACGAUGACAUGUCUAGGCUUAAAAGUCACGCACUCAACGUAGGAGAACUUGUCUAUCAACGUUACAGCUAUGGAAAUGACAGACAGGGAGACGCUUCACACCUGGUUUCAAGAUAUGCCGAUGCCAAUAGAAUCCUUGCAGAUCACUGUUGUUCGUCAGCAGUCAAGAGAUCUAUCAACAUCUACUGUAAACACUCAGGAAGUAUGAUGAGUAAACCUGAAGUCGGCCAGACAAGAAAAGGAUACGACACAAGGCCUGUUAUGAUCAACCAGACCGAGUAUUCAACCUUAAUUCUGCCCAAGCUUCAUCUGAGAGCUGUUGACAUGGAAGAUAUCAACUAUCAGGAAGAAAUACAACGUCUUUUGGCUGUUCAUGCGAAGGUCUUACAAACAAACACAUCCUAGGCAUUCAGUGCUAAAUAAUCUCUUUCCAAUAGCCUAUUUGUUAUUAGGCUGCGUUCAUUAUGUAUG